AUGACGAUUUACUGUGGAAUUGAUUUAGGAACAUCAUUCUGCUGUGUAUAUUAUUUGAAGAAUGGAACUAUGAAGGUCUUAACCAUGGAUGACGGAAAACAUGCUUUUCCUUCUGUGGUUAAUUACCGAGACGAUGGAUCUGUGCUUGUGGGCGCUUCAGCACUGAGAGCAGGGGAUAUCGCAAAAGGGAAAGUUGUUAUGAAUUGGAAACGUUUAUUUGGUAAAGACUACGACGAGGAUUAUAAGAAGAAUGUUGAGUUAUCAUGCAGAGCAAAUGUGAUAAAUAAUAAAGGAAAAUAUGCGUUUUCUGUUCCUUCUCGUGAUUAUCCCAUUUCUCCCGAAAUGGUUUGUUCUGAAAUAUUGAAAUGGAUCCACAAGAAGAUGCUAGUGAUUGCUGAAGGUGAUACCAUUGAGUAUUGCAUCACACUUCCUGCUGCCUAUUCUAUUCAACAAAAAAUGUCCAUGCAUACAGUAGUGGAUAUAUCUGGAAUCAAUUGUAACAUAAAGUUUGUUACUGAACCAGCAGCUGCUGCUGUAUCUUAUAGUAUCGAAAAUAAGAUUAACGAUGGCUACAUACUUGUAUAUGAUUUAGGAGGAGGUACUUUUGAUGCUUCCAUACUAAAGAUUGAAAAUCGACACUACAAAGUAUUAAAAUGGAAUGGGAACAUUGAUAUUGGAGGAGAAAAAUUCAAUAUGGAAAUUCUACAUUGGGUAAAUCGGAGAUUCCGAGAAGAUAUAGACGAAUAUCUAUUACCUGAAACUGACAAUGAAAGAAAUGAUGCUAAAUUUAUUCGAGCUCAAAUGUUAUUGCUCGAUCAAUGCUGUGAAGCCAAGACUCGGCUCACAUCUGAAUCUUUAACUGAAAUCGAUAUUGGUCAGUACUUUAAAUCUCUGUACAAGAAAUCUAAAAACGGAACUCAAAUCGAAGAAGAGGAAGAUAUUGAUGAGCAGGAUAUGACAUUUGCGAUAGAUCGUACAACAUUUAACAGUCUUAUUGAAAAUCAUAUCAAUUCUACACUUCAAACCGUGCGUGCUUGUCUUUCUGAUAUCAGUAUGGAUAUGAAUAACAUUUCUUAUAUUGUGAUGGUAGGAGGAUCGAGUCAAAUCCCGUUUGUUUAUGACGCUUUAUGUAAUGAGUUCGGUCAAGAUAAAAUUUCGCGUGCUGUAAACUGUUCUGAAUGUGUGGCUAGCGGUGCAGCUCUGUUUAUCGCAAGUAGAGACAUCAUGGAUGUUACUAUAACGGAGUGUGCUACACGUGAUGUCUAUAUCAGCACGCGUCCUGGCCGUUAUAGAUGCAUGAUAAAAGCGGGAAGUGAGAUUCCAGCAGAAGGACAAUACAAGUAUUAUCUCAGUGAAGACAAUAUUGGCUAUGCAACUGCUAUGAUCUAUGAGAAUAGUGCUGAUGGAGAAUCAUAUGAACCCGUUGGAGAGAUGGUGAUCGAAGACGAAUCUUUGAUAGGAAGGAGAGUUGAUCUGAUAUACAAGUUCCGACUUGAGAGUGAUUUUAAACUUACAACAUCAUUUUCGGAAGGAGACAAUGUUUUGGAUGAAAGAGAAAUACAGGUAUCAUAG